AUGGUGGAGAUGUGCUGCGAGGAGCAUGACAAGCACGCUGCGGGGUCGCAGUUUAUUACCCAUACGAUUGGGAGGGUCUUGGUUGAGAACACGGUCGAGGACAGCUUUGAUUUGUAUUACGCGAUAUUCAUAUACAAUAAGAGUGCUUUGGAGAUGUUGGAGAGGCUGUAUUUGAGUUUCGAGGCGUUGAAGAAUGAGCUAUUCGGCCAGUUGCAUAAUGUGGUGAGGAAACAAUUGUUUGAAAAGGUGCAGAAUUCGCAAGACAGUUAUGCUUGGCCUCGAAAUGGUGUUGCAUUGUCUUCUUCUGUAUUGGUUGUGAGGUCUCGGGAUAAUGCUCAACCAUAUUACAAAGGCCAGUUCUCCGACCGCUUUGAUGACAACUCGAAACUAAAAAUUGCAAUAGUUGGAUUUGGAAACUUUUGACUUGGUCAGUUCCUUGCAAAAACCAUUGCACGCCAAGGGCACACGGUUUUCGCGUAUUCUGGAUCGGACUACUCUGAUAUAGCUAAAAAAUUAGGGGUUUCUUACUUCUCUGAUGCAGAUGAUCUUUGUGAAGAGCAUCCAGAAGUGAUUCUUCUUUUCACUUCCAUUCUUUCUACUGAGAAAGUUCUGAAGUCAUUGCCGCUUCAAAGAUUGAAAAGGAGUACUCUGUUUGUGGAUGUACUUUCUGUGAAAGAAUUUCCAAGAAGUUUGUUUCUUCAAAAUCUGCCACCAUAUUUUGAUGUUCUCUGCACACAUCCUAUGUUUGGACCCGAGAGUGGUAAAAAUGGGUGGAAUGAUCUUUCUUUUGUUUAUGAUAGGGUUAGGGUUGGAAGUCAGGAAUCAAGAGUAUCACGGUGCGACCGGUUUCUUGAUAUUUUGGCACGAGAAGGGUGCCGAAUGGUGGAAAUGUCUUGUGCAGAGCAUGAUUGGCAUGCGGCAGGGUCACAGUUCAUCACUCACACAAUGGGAAGGGUUUUGGAAAAGUUAGGGUUGGAGUCAACACCAAUUAACACAAAGGGUUGCGAGACACUGUUGAGUUUGGUGGAGAAUACUGCAGGGGAUAGCUUUGACCUUUACUAUGGCUUGUUCAUGUACAAUGUAAAUGCGAUGCAACAGCUAGAGAGGUUGGACCAUUCUUUUGAAUUGUUGAAGAAGCAGCUCUUUGGGCGGUUACAUGGUGUUCUUCGGAGCAACUGUUUGAGAAUGCAGAGAAGCUCCAAAUUCCGUGGGAAAGACAAGUGUUGCCACAAGUAUCUCAAAGCAGUGCUGCAUUGGCAUCUUCUUUGGAGACUGUCCAAAAGAAUUGAGUUCCAUGUUCCUGCCAUUUCGCAAGCGAUGGUUACCUAAAAUCAUGAGGAAUUUCAGGCCAAAACUUCAGCCUUCGCUGGUCUUCUGGAUUUACAGUAAGAUACAAGCG